AACUCUGGGAGGUGGCGGUCCGGAAUCUAGGCGACGGGGCGAGACGGGGCGAGACGGGGCCGGUAGGUGGCAGGAGGGGGCCGGGCCGGAGCCGGCGGGAGGGCCAGGCCCCGAAACCCCCGCCCUGGCUUGCCCGCCCGGGCCGCGGAGGAGAAAACGGAGGAUGAUCUCCAGAUACACUCGGAAGGCCGUGCCACAGAGCGUGGAGCUGGCUCAGGCGAGAAAAUAGUAUGCUAAUUCUCUACUCCCAGCCCUGGUGGAAGCUGUCUCUUGUCCUUGGGUCACCAGCUGCUGAGAGUGUCAUCCAUGCUAUCCUAAGACUGUCUUGUGGGCUGUUACUACAUGACUUGAGGGAGUGGAUCUCCAGAAGCACUUACUGUUCCCACAGUGCUUCUGGCCCCACUGAAGAUAAUAGCUGAAUGCUACAAUAAAGUUGAACGUGUCUCGUUCCAAACACUAUGCAAAGCUGUUUGCUUGAAUGCAUUAGCAAAACUAGGAGCCGGACUCUGCACAUCCCACAGAUAAAGAUCACAGAUCUAAAGAUUGUAUCUAGAAGAUGGUGCGGCUGAGAAGUACAAACCAGGAAAGGAAUAACAAAGCACGCUCUUAACCAUCAUCCCCUUCCAGAGCAACUGGAUGACAUUUCCUCUACCAAUGACAGCCACGAAAAAGAUACAAGUUCUCAAAGUGAGUCUGACAUCACCCAAGAAUCACCUUUUACAUCAACUGACACCGGGAAUUCGCGUUCUGCUUUUCCAAGCUAUGCAGGCACAGGGAUCUCUACAGAAGGCAGCUCUGACUUCUCUUGGGGAUAUGGAACUUGACCAAAAUGCCACUGAGAAGGUCCAGGCAAUGUUCACGGCCAUCGACGAGCUCCUGUAUGAGCAGAAGCUGAGUGUGCACACACACAGUCUGCAGAAGGAGUGCCAGCAGUGGGCAUCCAGCUUCCCUCACCUCAGGAUUCUAGGUCGGCAGAUAGUCACUCCGAGUGAAGGCUAUGGACUGUACCCCAGAUCACCUUCUGCUGUGUCAGCUUCUCAGGAAGCAACCUUGUCUCAGGAGAGAGAGUCUACCAUAUUUGGUAUAAGAGGAAAGAAGUUACAUUUUUCAUCUUCUUAUGCUCAUAAAGCAUCUCUCACCAGUAAACCCUCUGGCUUGUCUGCUGUGGAAGGGGAAGAGGUGGACUGUAUAAUCUUUUCUGAAGGAAUAAUUGAGGAGUACCUAGCUUUCGACCACACGGAUAUGGAAGAGGGAUUUCAUGGAAACAAAUCAGAAGCAGCUACAGAGAAACAGAAAUUAGGGUACCCUCCCAUUGCUCCAUUUUACUGCAUGAAAGAGGAUGUCCUUGCUUAUGUUUUUGACAACGUGUGGAGCAAGGUUGUGGGCUGUAUGGAGCAGUUGACACGUAGUCACUGGGAGGGAUUUGCUUCUGAUGAUGAGAGUAACGUUGAAAUUACCAGACUGGAUUCCGGAAGUCCCUGUGUGCUGAACGAACAGCAUCCUUUGGUCUUACCUCGAAUGCCGCAGUCCAAGGUGCUGUCCAUCACCUCAAAUCCGAUGAGUUUCUGUCAAGCAAGUGGUCACCAGCCAAAUGUGAAUGGCCUCUUGGUUCAUGGGAUGCCGCUACAGCCAAGGAACCUCUCUCUGAUGGACAAGCUCCUAGAUCUUGAUGACAAGCUGCUUAUGAGGCCUGGCUCCAGUUCCGUCCUUUCAAACAGAAAUUGGCCAAACCGAGCCCUGGAGCUCAGUACGUCAUCUUUGUCAUAUACAGUGCAGUCCGCCAGGAGACGCAACCCCCCACCACGCACCCUUCAUCCCAUCAGCACAAGCCACUCACGUGCCGGGACGCCAUGGCCUGCAGAAGAAAUCCUCAGAGGAUCCCGAGUGCCAGUGACCGCAGACACGCUCUCUUCUUCCUCGCCAAUGUCCCUGGGUCGGAACAAUCUGCUGCCACCUAUUGGAACAGCUGACGUAGAGCAUCUGAGCACUGUGGGGCCACAGCGGCCAACAAAACCCCACGGUGACUCCAGCCGAGCUCGAAGUGCAGUGGUGGAUGAGUCUAACCAGCAGCCCCAAGAGAGGCUCCUUUUACCUGUCUUCUCCAGACCCAACACAACUCAGUCAUUCUUGGUCCUCAGUCACAUGGGUCUACAAAACCUCAAUGUAGAGGUGGCCCCAUCUCUAGAACCAGGCAGUGACCACAGGGCAAGUGAGAAUCCGCAAGGCUGCAGCAGACUGCAAACACAUGGAAGGUUUCGUGCACCAGUGCUCAGGCCCCCAACGAAGCAAAGCUUGGGCCAUCUUCAAAGCUAUCUUGGUACAACUGUCCGAGCAACACUAGAGAGCAUCUGCCAAAGACUGCGUGGGCAACUGUUCUGUGUCCAGUUCCUGUCUUCUUCCAGCUGUUCCACUGGGAAGUAAAGAUUGUACCCAAAGAUGUGACGAUGAAGAACCACCCCAAAUCACUGCUCUGUUGUCUGUAACCAAUCACCAGUUCGAUUCUUGUACAACUCAGUGAGAUUACAUACACACAGAUGAUUCAGAUCACUGGCUUCAGAAUAUUUCUGCUUAUAUUAAUUUCUGGAGAACUGCACUAUUCUAACAUAUUUUUAGAAGAAAGUGCUGCCAAAAAUCUGAGAUACUCGUCAAAUAAAUGUCAUUCCUAAACUUUAA